AUGCAAGGAGAAUGGAAAGAUACAGCUGAUGGGGUGUCCAAAGCUUUUUUGGAUUAUUAUAAAAUGCUCCUAGGUAGUACUUCUGAUAACAGAACACCAGUUAACAAGGAGGUGGUGCAGCAGGGGCCAGUCUGUUUGGAUCAUCAUAAAGCUAUACUCAAUGCUCCUUAUACAGCAGAUGAAGUUAAGAAGGAUCUUUUCUCUAUUCCAGGUAUAAAAGCUCCUGGUCCAGAUGGUUUUGGCUCUUAUUUUUACAAAGAUGCUUGGCAUAUUGUUGGGGAUGAAGUCAUUGCAGCCAUUCUUGAUAUGUUACAGCAAGGAAGAAUCUUGAAGGAGGUGAACCACACUGUGAUUACUCUUAUCCCCAAGACUAAAUGUCCAAAGGAUGUGAGUGAGUUCAGGCCAAUUUCUUGCUGCAACACCAUUUAUAAGUGCAUAACAAAAGUUUUGUGUGGGAGAUUAAGACAAGUUCUUCCUGAUCUCAUCAUGGAAAAUCAAGGAGGUUUUGUUCAUGGGAGAUACAUAGUUCAUAAUAUUAUGGUUGUGCAAGAUUUAGUCAGGCAUUAUGGGAGGAAAGGGGUUAAGCCUAGCUGCCUUAUGAAGAUUGAUCUUCAAAAAGCCUAUGAUACUGUUGUUUGGCAGUUCUUACAGGAGAUGCUGGUUCUUUUGGACUUCCCAAAGCAGUUUGUUGAUAUGGUUAUGCAAUGUGUUACUACUCCCAUGUUUUCUUUGAUGCUGAAUGGUUCUAUGCAUGGUUUUUUAAAUCCAAGAGAGUUCCAGUUUCAUCCAAGGUGUAAGGGGAUUGGUCUUACUCACUUAUGUUUUGCUGAUGAUCUGAUUAUCUGUAGCAAAGGAGAUUAUCAGUCUAUUUACUUGUUGCUUCAAGCUUUCAAGUUGUUUUCUAAUACUUCUGGCUUAAAGAGGGUAGUAGAUGUUUCUGGUUUUUCUAGAAGUAUGUUGCCAUUCAAAUAUUUGGGGGUCCCUAUAUGUUCUAAGAAGAUCUCUGUGGCUCAGUGUGCUCAUUUGGUGGAUAAGAUGAUCACUAGGAUAAAAAUUUGGAGUUCUAGGAAUUUAUCCUAUACAGCAAGAAUGCAGCUUGUUAAUUCAGUUUUACUGAGUUUGCACAUGUAUUGGGCACAAAUUUAUGUGCUUCCAAAAGGUGUUCUUCAAGAUAUAGUGAAGAUCUGCAGAGCCUUCCUAUGGAGUGGCCAUGCUUUCAGUCAUAAACCAAGCAACAUAGCUUGGGAUAAAGUCUGUAGUGACAAGCACACUGGGGGGUUGGGGUUUAGAGAUGUUCAGAAGUGGAAUAUUGCCUUUAUGGGGAAAUAUGUUUGCGCUUUAGUCAAGAAGCAGGAUAAUGUGUGGAUUAGGUGGAUUAAUUCAGUCUACUUAAAGGAUGGGGAUUGGUGGGAGUAUCAGCCUGGUUCUACUGCUAGCUGGUACUGGAAGCAAGUGUGCAAUACAAAGGAGCAGCUCAAACAGUUCUUUACUUGUGCAGAUUUUGAGAACAUGCCUCAUUAUUCAGUGAAACAAGUGUAUGAGAAACUCCUAGGGGACAAGCCAAGGGUGCAUUGGGACAAAAUGGUUUGGAAUAGGCUGAAUAUUCCAAAACAUAGAUUCAUUUGCUGGUUGGCUGUUCAAUCAAAGCUCCAGACUACAGACAAACUAGCAAAGAUAGGCAUUAGUCAAUCUGCUAGUUGCUUGAUUUGUGGCUUGGAUGAUGAGACUCAUCAGCAUCUCUUUUUUCAGUGCCAGUAUAGUAAGCAAAUUAUUAUAGCAGUACAUCAGUGGAUAGGUUUCUCUAUUCAUGGCAAUUUGUUUCAGUUAGUCAGGAAAGCUGGACAAAGUAAAGCUUCAAAGUUCGGGAAGCAGGUGUAUUUUGCAGCUGUUGGUGCUGCUGUCUAUCUGAUCUGGAGGUGUAGAAACACAAGUUUUUGGGAUAACUCCAUUCCCACUGUCAGUCAGAGUAUGAAGGAUUUGAACCAAAUGGUCAAGAGCAGAAUUCAGGUUGUUCUGCCAAAGCAUGUAAGCAAGAGAGAUAGUGAAUGGUUCACAAAUUUGUAA